CACUCGCGCCCAGCUGUUCCGGCUCCACCAGCAGGCAGAAUGUCCUCUUCGUGGCCGUGCACGCCUGCCGAGCUUGCCGACGUCGUGUGGGAGCGGCGGUGGAUCGCCCGCCCGGGGCUCAAAAGCAGCACACCUGGUGCCAGGGAUGCCUCGGUCGUGGUGCGCUACGUCAGCACCGCCAGCGCCUUUGUCGAUGUCCGCGUGGCCGAGAAACGGCAGCCCUGGCCAGCACAGGCGGUCGAUCCGAGCGAGGUAUCGGCCGCUGUGACCGACCGGGCGGCGGAGGCGUUUGCAGGGGUGUCCACGCUGGAGGACGGCGUGAUACGUUGGCACGCCAUCUUCAACCUGGAUGGCAGCGCGGGUGCAGACGGCUGGCGGGCCGCCGAGUCGGGCAAGCCUCUCCCGACGGAGGACGCAGGCACCAUGGAGUGUGGCUUGAGCACGCCGGAGGAGGAGGAACGCGUGUGGCUUGAGCACGCUUGGCCCGACGCCGCGCAGUACACCGAGGAGUGGGCGAAGCUCGACGGCGGGCCCUCGCUGGCGGCGCGGCGCGGCGACGGCGAGCUCCUCGUCGUCUGCGGCGACUGGUUCGGGUACGCGCGCGACACCCGCGGCGCGGGCGGCAGCGUCUGCUUCGCGGCGGGGCGCGUGUCGACGGGCUGGCGCGUGGAGAGCUCGGCGGCGGGUCCGGAGGAGGGGCGGCGCCUCGUCUUGCUCGGCAAGGACGGGUGGUCGCCGCUGCCCGGCGCCACGCUGGCCACGCCGCUGCACGAGCUACUCGCGGGGCCGGACGAGGAGGUCGCGCCGGCCGCGGCCACACCGCUCGCGGCGGCGCCACCGGCGGAGCUGCGCACGGCGCGGCUGCUUCUGCGCCCGUUGCGGGCGGCACACGUCGACCCCGACUACGAGGCUGUGCUCGACGGGCUGACGCCGGAGGGGAGCCCGCUGCAGUCCGUCUUCGCGCGGCGCGACGCGUGGCCGUUCUUCGGGAUGACGCGCGAGGAGGACCUGUUCGACCUGCGCCCGUGA